AUGCCAAAUCCUGGAGUUGACACCGCAGUGUCUGUCGAGCACUGUCAGGGUCGGAAUUCUGCAACUUCACCCCGUCCAGACUCACCAACUGCUACUACGCCUUCCGGGGAUGCCUGUUCUGCGGAAAAGAGUCAGUCCCCUGAGAGGCAUCAAAAUGUCUGUCAAUGCAAGCAACAACAGAGUACGGGUGCGACAAAUGGCCAUGCACCGACCCAGACGACUGAUCUCGAGAACUGUACCCCAGUUGACUCUGCAAGGGCAGACAACUGCAGGAAAUACGUGCUGAAAGUCUGCCGCGCGCUGAUCCUGUUUGGAGCCCCAACACACCGGCUCGAAAAGUAUGUCCAUCACACUGGCGAAGCCCUCAACCUGCAUAUUCAGUCAUUUUACAUGCCCGGCUGCAUGAUCAUGUCGUUCGACAACCAAGUGCAGGAAUCUAUAGAUCGUCAGAUCAUUCGUUCCAACCAGGCACUGAAUCUUGCAAAGCUGUACGACGUGCACACGGUGUAUAAGAAUGUGAUCCACAAGAAGACGACCGUUGAAGAUGCCGUCACGCAGAUUGAUGAGAUCACGGACAAGCCGGAGUACUUCCCCCUGUGGCUUCGAGUGUUGGUGUACGGUCUAGCUUCCAUGUGCAUAGGCCCUGUUUCUUAUAAUGCGCAGCCAGUCGAUCUGCCCAUCAUCUUUAUCCUGGGGAGCUUGGUAGGACUCUCGGAAUUGAUACUGGCUCCCAGGUCAGAGCUGUAUGGCUACGUCUUUGAAACAUGUGCUGCCAUUCUCGCGUCUUUCAUCGGUCGCGCUUUCGGUUCGAUUCACUGGGGAGACGACCAGGGGUUCUGCUUUUCGGCGAUCUCCCAAGCAUCGAUCGUGUUGAUUUUGCCCGGAUUCACAAUAACCAGCAGUGCUCUGGAGCUGCAGUCCAAGAACAUGGUAUCCGGUGCCGUGCGCAUGGUCUACGCAAUUGUCUAUACCCUGUUUCUGUCGUUCGGCUUCACAAUCGGAAUCACCAUCUACGGCGCCAUCCAUCACAAUGCCACAUCCGAGACGCAGUGCAGAACCAACUACCCCGUCUGGUGGCCCAUUGCCUUCGUGCUGCCGUUUACUUUCUGCUACGUGAUCGUCAACAAGGGGAACUGGAAGCAGAUGCCGCCGAUGCUAGGUAUUUCCCUGGCCGGGUGGUGCGUCAACCACUUCUCCAACCAGCGUUUCGCGGCGGUGCCUACCCUUUCCCAGGCCCUGGGCGCAUUGACGGUGGGUGUUCUCGCCAAUCUGUAUGCGCGGAUUGAGCACGGCAUGGCUGUAGCCCUGAUGCAUCCGGCUAUUUAUCUUCAAGUUCCGGGGAGUCUGGCUGCGUCAGGGAGUCUGAUCAGUGGACUGUCAAACGCGGACCAGCUCAAUAAGAAUGGCAGCACGGAUGCCCCUCGUGAAGCGAUGUUUUCGGACCUGAAUGCUGGCUAUACGAUGGCUCAGAUUGGUAUCGCUAUUACGGUUGGUCUGUCUAUCAGCGUGCUGCUUGUAUACCCAAUCCGUAAAAAGGCGAGGAGUGGCAUAUUCAGUUUGUAA